AUGCAGGGAUUCUGGGAUGUCAGCAGGCGACAGUAUCAGACCAAGGCCAGGAAAUGCCUGAGGCAUGAGGAGGGUUCCCCCACGGAGGUGGAGUUGGACGCCGAGGCUGCUGAAAGCCCCAACCUGCCAGUGGGGGAACGGGGAGAAUUUGCGCGCGCACCAAGAGUUGAACAGCCUGUCAAACACAGAGGUCUCUCCCAACGAGGAGGGGAUGCCGGUUGCUGGGCAACUCAGGCCGGCUGGCAUGGGCGGGAGGGCUGCAAGGGCGGUGGAGACCGUGGGGCGCUGGAGGGGGCUCGGCGAUCCAGGGCUGACUUUGUCCUCCUCUCUCCUUGUCUCCCAGACCGCCCCCCGUCUCCUGUCAACGUCACCGUCACGCAGCUCAAGGCAAAUUCUGCAACUGUCUCCUGGGAUGUCCCUGAGGGAGAUGUCAUCAUCGGCUACGCCAUCUCGCAGCAGCGGCAGGACGGACAGGUGCAGCGGUUCAUCCGAGAAGUGAACACCACCAACCGGGCCUGCGUGCUCUGGGACCUGGCCGAGGACGCCGACUAUGUCGUCCAGGUGCAGAGCAUCGGUCUCCAUGGAGAGAGCCAAGCCAGCAAGAGGGUGCAUUUCCGCACCCUGAAGCAGAGCGAGCGCCUCCCCUCCAACAGCUCCAACCAGGGAGACAUCACCAUGGAGGGGCUGGACAAGGAGCGGCAGCUGCAGACGGGCGAGAUCGUCAUCAUUGUGGCCGUGCUGCUCAUGUGGGCAGCGGUCAUCGCCCUCUUCUGCAAGCAGUAUGACAUAAUUAAGGACAACGAUUCCAACAACAACAAAGAGAAGAGCAAGCCGUCCUCUGAACACAGCACUCCAGAGCGGCCAGUGGGUGGGCUGCUACGCAGCAAGAAGAAAUCACCAUCAGUUAAUAUCAUUGAAGUGUAGCUGCUGCUACCGGCCAGGAGUGUCAGGGAAGAUCAGGGGACUUUGCUGAGCUCCUGGCCAGUCUCUUCACCUGCAUGCAAAGCAUCAACGCUUCUUGCCCCGCGGGGAAAGACCUGCAUGGAGCCAGGCCCUGGGACAGGUGAAGGCGGAAGUCAGCGUCCAGCUAACUCCCUGCCUGUAUCUGCAGGAGGGGACGACUGGGAAAGGCCCCCCGUGGCAGCCACCUGGGGAAACCUGCAAAGCAGGCGGCCUUCCUGGACAGCUGCUCCUGGCACAGGCUCCAGCUGAGUUGCCCUCGCCUUUCCCCUGCACAGCAGGAGCUGAGAGCACCGCCCAUGCCCCCUCGGACUCACACUGACUGACCAGAGGCAGCCGUGGAGGCGAGGCAGCUGGGCCUCUGCCAUGGCCACCAAGAGCCGCAGCACUUGGGCCUCAUCCC